AUGUGGGACUUUGUGCAAGUCGCUGUGGUGGUGACACGUGUCUUGGAUAUUAGGUUUGGCAGUUUGAGAGCUUCAGCGGUCGGGAGCUUCGGCAGGUGUCUGGCACCUUGGAAGAGUGUCUUCCUUCGGCAUGAGAGAAGGCGUGUUUGCCUUGGUGCUAGUCUUUUUGAGGCUGAAUAUGCUCGGAUGAUUAUGGUGUAA